UUAAUUUCAGUUAAGAAAAUUUCGGACAAUGUAGAAUCUGAAUUAAAAAAGUGCUGGGAACAUGUUGAUUCUUUCAAUUGCCAAGCUUGACAGUUGUCAUGUCGUCAAGAAAACUUGGCCCUAUCUCUCUCAUUGUAAAGAUUGUGUUUGUUGAACCUCCUCAUUUACCUUUGCUUAUAAGUAUUGCCUACUGGUUCAUGCAAGUCGUGAAGUAUAAAAGUAUAAAAUUGCAACAAAUUAGAAACAACAAAAAGGCAUCUCAAAUGGCAUUGAAACACCUCUUCUUUCUUCUCAUGGUAUCCUUCUCAUUAGGAGUGGACGCAACGGUUUUUAUAUUGCAAAAUAGAUGCAGGAAUACAAUUUGGCCUGGGAUCCUAACAGCAUCAGGAAAGCCACAACUCAUGGAUGGGGGGGGUUCAACUAAGAUCUGGUCAAGCUGUAAACAUCACUGCACCAAAAGCAUGGUCUGGCCGGUUUUGGGGUCGACGAGGAUGCUCUUUUGAUAGCUCUGGUAGUGGAUUGUGCGUCACCGGUGAUUGCGGAGGCAAGCUCAAGUGUGAUGGUGCCGGGGGCGUGCCACCAGCUUCGCUAGCAGAGUUUACCCUAGACAGCCCAGAGGGGGACUUUUAUGACGUUAGCCUUGUCGAUGGUUACAACAUGCCAGUGUCAAUCUUCCCCUCCGGAGGAUCCGGUCAGUGCAAGGCUGUCACUUGCCGUUCGGAUUUGAACAGAAACUGCCCAAGUGGAUUGGAGUUGAGAAGAAAUGGGAAAAUUGUUGGUUGUAAGAGUGCAUGUAUGGCAUUCAACAAGCCACAAUAUUGUUGCACUGGAGACUUUAAUAGCCCAAAUAAGUGCCAACCAACAAACUAUUCAAAGGUGUUCAAGGCUUCUUGUCCUCAGGCUUAUAGCUAUGCCUAUGAUGAUUCAACCAGCACUUUCACUUGCCAAGGAGCUGACUAUUUAAUUAGGAACCUUGAUUUGAUCUUACACAAAGUUCAUUUUAGGUUGCACUUUAAGAGUAUACUUUCUACGGAAAUGUUAUACCAUACAUGA